AUGGCUGACACCGGUGAAGGAAGCUUAAGAGCCCAAUGGGAUAGAUGGACAUCCACACACAAUACGAACUCUGGUGGUGCUUUAAAUGAAGGGGCAAAGACUUUGUUUUCAGGUUGGGCAGAAACAUUGAAUAACACUGCAAAUGACGUUUAUAACAGAUUACCAUUAACACAGAGUGAUGCUCAAGAAGUAAAUAAUCAAGAGCCAGAAUGGUUUACUUUAUCGAGAUUUGAAAGAUUAAUGGGUUUCAUUGCUUGUUUAUUAGGUUCUAUCGCUUGUUUCACCAUAUCAUUUUUCUUAUUCCCAGUAUUGGCAUUAAAACCUAGGAAAUUUGGCUUGUUAUGGUCAUUGGGUUCAUUAUUAUUUGUUAUAUCGUUUGGUUUGUUGCAAGGUCCAAUGGCGUACAUAAGACAUUUAACUUCUGCUCAAAGAUUACCAUUCACAAUAUUUUUUUUCGGUUCAGUUUUUGCCACUAUUUAUUUCAGUGCUUUCAUGAAAUCCACAAUCUUGACGUUAAUUUUCAGUUUGAUUGAAAUUUUUGCAGUCAUCUAUUAUACUGUCAGUUAUUUCCCAUUUGGUGUCCAGGGUUUAAGAAUGGCCACCGCUGUUGGAGCAAGACAAGUUGGUAGCUUAGUGGGAUUUUAA